AUGUCUCGGCAAGAAGCAGGAGCCAACGCUUCCCCUUGGGUCGUUGCUUCCCGGCGAAACUCGACUGUGCCCCGGGCUCCGGAGAGGAGAGCGGCAGAGGAGCUGAAUCGACGAGGUCGGGGAAGUAGUAGGGGCGGCAGAAGUGGCGGCUGGAGAGAGCCCUCUGGCCCCCCUGAGGCUGUGGCGGCUGGUCGCGGGGAACCGCCGCUCUGCUUUGGAUUCAAAAACGACUUGGUCGGAGCGGUGAUCGGUCGUGGAGGGUCAAAAAUAAAAGAAAUCCAAAAUAUGACAAACACUAGAAUACAGAUAAUAAAAGGAAAUCCUGAGGCAGAAGUCAAAAUUUUUGGCAACAAGACAAUGCAAAUAAAAGCAAAGGCAAUGAUAGAAAAUUUUGUUAAAAAACAAGAAAAUUACAAUCCAGAACGCAGAGUUGAUAUCGUUGCAUUCCAACCUGCUGGAAGAAAUGCAAGCACAAAUGACAGUGUUACAGAAGAUCAGCCAUUGAUAGAUUGGGAUCAAAUUCGAGAGGAUGCUGUGAAAUGGGAAAAAAAAAAGUGGGCAGAUUUACCUCCAAUCAAGAAAAACUUUUAUGUUGAAUCUCCAACAACAAGUUCUAUGUCGGAGGUGCAAGUAAAUAUCUGGAGGAAGGAAAAUUUUAAUAUAACAUGUGAUGACUUGAAAGAUGGUGAGAAGCGUCCUAUCCCCAAUCCUACCUGUAAAUUUGAAGAUGCCUUUCAAUCUUACCCUGAAGUUAUGGAAAACAUUAAAAGGGCAGGUUUCCAGCAACCAACACCAAUUCAGUCACAAGCAUGGCCAAUAGUUCUACAAGGAAUAGAUCUUAUUGGAGUAGCUCAAACUGGAACAGGGAAGACGCUAUCCUAUUUAAUGCCUGGAUUUAUUCAUCUAGACUCUCAACCAGUAGCUAGAGAGAAAAGGAAUGGACCUGGCAUGUUAGUCCUUACACCAACUCGGGAAUUAGCACUUCAAGUUGAAGCUGAAUGUUCUAAAUAUUCAUAUAAAGGUCUUCGAAGUGUUUGUGUAUAUGGUGGUGGAGAUAGAGAUGGACAAAUACAAGAUGUUUCCAAAGGUGUAGACAUCAUUAUUGCAACUCCUGGAAGACUGAAUGAUCUUCAAAUGAAUAACUUUGUGAACUUGAGAAGUGUAACAUACUUGGUUUUAGAUGAAGCUGACAAGAUGUUGGACAUGGGAUUUGAACCCCAGAUAAUGAAAAUUUUGUUAGAUGUACGCCCUGACAGACAGACUAUUAUGACAAGUGCUACUUGGCCUUAUGCUGUCCGUCGACUUGCACAGUCUUAUUUGAAAGAACCAAUGAUUGUCUAUGUUGGUACUUUGGAUCUAGUUGCUGUAAAUACAGUGAAGCAAAAUAUAAUCAUCACAACAGAGGAAGAAAAACGAACUCAUAUUCAAACUUUUCUGGAGAGUAUGUCACCUAAAGAUAAAGUCAUUGUCUUUGUCAGCAGGAAAGCAGUCGCUGAUCAUUUAUCGAGUGACCUAAUUCUCAGACACAUAUCAGUAGAGUCUCUGCAUGGCAACAGAGAACAGAGUGAUCGGGAGAAAGCAUUAGAGAACUUUAAAACAGGUAAAGUGAGAAUACUGAUUGCUACUGAUCUUGCAUCUCGAGGUCUUGAUGUCCAUGAUAUCACACAUGUAUAUAAUUAUGAUUUUCCACGGAAUAUUGAAGAAUAUGUACACAGAGUAGGCAGAACUGGAAGAGCAGGGAGGACCGGCAUGUCAAUUACUCUUAUCACUAGAAAUGAUUGGAGGGUUGCCACUGAAUUGAUUAAUAUUCUGGAAAGAGCAAAUCAGAGUAUUCCAGAGGAACUUGUCCUAAUGGCUGAGAGAUACAAGGCAAAUAAACUGAAAAGAGAAAUGGAGAAAAAAAUGGGAAGACCUCAAGGAAAGCCCCAGAAGUUUUAUUAA